AAAUACUGAAACACAAUGGCCGUUGAGAAAGCAGUCCCAGUUCUCUUCUUCUUCUUCUCUUUGUCCCUUCUUCCUACUCAGCUUUUGUGCGGUUGUAGAGAAGGAUUUGAGGAAGGCCAAGCUAAGAUCAAUGGGUUGUUUGUAUUUGGGAGCUCUCUGGUCGACAAUGGCAACAACAACCACAUCAAUUCAACUGCAAAGGCUGAUUACUUGCCAUAUGGAGUGGAUUUCCCUCUUGGACCUUCAGGGAGGUUCACCAAUGGAAAGAAUGUGAUCGACCUUAUUGGCGAGCUUCUUCAGCUUCCUUCUUUGAUUCCACCUUUCGCUGAUCCCAUGACUACCGGCGACAAGAUUGUUCAUGGUGUCAACUUUGCAUCUGGUGGUUCAGGAAUACUAGACGACACUGGUUCUAUUUCGGGCCAAGUGAUCAACCUUAAUCAACAAAUCAAGAAUUUCGAGGAAGUCACACUGCCACAAUUAGGAGAUCAGUUGGGUCGUAAGACCACAGAAACAAGUAUAUCAGAUUAUUUAUUCGUUGUUGGAACUGGUGGGAAUGAUUAUUUACUUAACUACUUCUUACCCAACCGCCCCAUCAAACUCAGUCUUGGAGCCUUCACCUCUGACCUAAUUGCUCAAUUGUCUCAGCAGCUCGAGAAACUGUACUCUUUGGGAGGUCGAAAAUUCAUUCUGAUGUCAAUAUAUCCUAUUGGAUGUAUUCCCGUGGUAAAGAAAAAUUUGAACAUCCAGCAUGGUUGUGUAGAAGCAUUGAACCAAGCUGCUCAUCUCUUCAACACCCAAUUGAAGUCAUUGGUUGAUGAUAUUAAGCCAAAAAUGCCUGGUUCUAAUGUGAUUUUUGUUGAUUCUUAUCAAAUUAUCAGUGACAUUAUCAAUGAUCCCACCUCUACAGGUUUCAAUGAUACAAGCAAUGCUUGCUGUGAAGUGCUUUCAAUUCCUGAAGGUGGAAAUGGGAUAUCAUGCAAGAGAAAUGGGCGCACUUGUGGAGAUAGAAAGAGUUAUGUGUUUUUUGAUGGGUUGCAUCCUAGUGAAUCUGUAAAUACUUUGAUAGCUAAAAAGGCUUUUGCUUCCAACCUCACAUCAGAAGUUUAUCCCAUUAAUGUUCAACAACUUGCCAAGCUUUAGUAAAGUCAUGUACUUCAUGUACUACUGUUUUAUUACAUCAUUUCUGUAUUUUAGGGCCUGUUUGUUUGCUCUUAAGUAUGAUAUCUAAAAGUGCAAUAAUUACAUUAAUAGGUAUAUUGGUAUUGGUAAAUUUUUCUUUCCUCUAAACUCUGAAUGCAAAGGAUGUUGUUAUGAAUUCUGAAUUCUGAAAAUUAUCAAAUAUCCAUUUUGACCCAUAUAUGAGAGUUUUUGUUUGUCUUUUUGAGGGUAUCAUUGGAAGACAAAAAGUUAUAUGAUU